AUGGCGAAGCUGAGUAGUGCCAACCAACAGCCUGGUUUGGAUGACCUUGAAUCCUUGAAACGGCGAUACCAGCGACAAAAUAGGGAGCUUGCUAGAGCCAAUGCUACUCAGCAACAAACAAUAUCCGCUCUUAAUUCUGAAAUCUCCCAGCACUCCACAGAAAAUCUCCGACUGAGAGCCGAGAUUAUAAGUCUACGAAAGCAACUCGACGAAAGAGAUGCUCAGGGCUUGACACCCGUAUCUACAAAAGCAAAAACGCUACUUCAAGAGAAGUUGGCAGAGAUUACAGGCCUAAUAAACGAAUUGAGUGAAAAUGGGGUAGAUCGUAAAACACGGAUCCCUGGUAGCCGAUUCCCGUUAGCUGUUAAGCCGGAUCUUACUGGCCGAGAACGACCAGAAGGGUUUCUUUGCGAUAUUCCUGAAUAUAACGAACGUGUACCACCUACCACUCCAAGACGACCAUUUGUUUGCCUCGGACCUCGCGUGGAUGCUAUAGUCCGAGCCGCCGAGGAAGGAUCACCAAUCAAGGAUUACUAUCUUCCCCUGCAAGAAUUAAAUUCGGGCAUGUUUGACGUUCGACCCCGACGCAAGAGGAAUAGCAAUAGUUCGGAAUUCCUGAUUGCCGGAAGGAUACCGGUAUCGAGCUUCAAUGCCGACUUACAAGAUGGCGCAGCUGCGUCACCGCAAAAGAGAAAGUGGGAUUCAGUGCUUACGAAUGAAGAGUUGAAUGCCAUUUUGCGCUCGCCUAUGGUCAAAGACUUCGAACUUAUGCGCCCCGUAACCCCACCACCGGCUGAUUCUGAGGAGAUUAAGAUGACUCUUUUGACAACAGACGGGAAGGAAUCUAAGGACAUUGAUACUGAAGCUCCGUUUAAGAAGGGAAACAACUCCGAAGCCUCGCCUACUAAGCUCGACUUGGCUACAGCAUCUCGAUUCUUAUCCUCUAACCGAAAGAGUUUAGAAAGUGUACGACGUCUGGCUACGCCUGAGUUGGAGCCAACUCCUGAGCCCGAGCCCGAAAUCGAAUUGGUACCAUCGCCUCCCGCGCUGGCACCAGCCCUUACGCUAGAGCCAUUGGCGGAAUCUCGACGCGCUCUCGAGCCUAAGUCCACCAACGUCCAUGCCGGCCUUUCACCCGCUAAGCUACCAACAGUUGCGGAUUUCGAAUAUGUGAAGAAGGAUAAGACCUCUCCCAGAGAUAGGGAAUCUGUGAAAAAGGCUAGCCGACUUUCGUCCAAGCCGAUUGUUGUACAAGGGGUUGAGAAUGCUAUGAUCGAGGAGAAAGUUACCGGAGCUGAGAGAAGCCGGCGGACCAGAGGAGUUGCAGUUAAUUAUGCCCUCCCUGCAUUAAAUAAAAAAAUGAGAAGAGAUACCGAGGCUCUGGUUGAUGCAGUUACCGGUAUUAAACCAAAGCGGCGAACUUCAACUGCUGAGGAGGGGGCUGUUGAGGACAUCGAGAAGAGGACUAGUAAGAUGAGCAUUCAUUAUGAUACGAAUCGUGAAACCGAGCGACCUAGGAAUAUCCCCGAUCGAUCCGGAAGUAGAAUGUCUGAGCAAGAGCUUGAGAAGAUGAUGACAGAGAAGAUUAGGGAUACAGACGGAGACCGGGAUAGGGAAAGGGCAGCUCGCAUCAGGGAAGCUCGCAAGGACUUAUAUGAAUUCACGACGGCUAAUUCUUCCGCGACUGAUGCUCUCGAUAUCGCGAGGAGGACAUCGCUCGGGAGCCACCAAAGGAGGACCUCCGGGAGCCUUUCAGGAAUCUCAGCUAUCAGUAGUAGCAAAAGAGAAGGUGACAAAACGGCAACGUCAUCAACAUCCUCAGGAAAUGUGAAGUCUGCCAGCGAUAUCAUUGAGGAAAGACGACGGAGAAGGGCUACUCUUGCUGCUACUGGAACAUCGGCGACCACUGCUUCUACUGGAGAAGUGAAGGCUAGGAAAUCCGUGGAGUUCGUCGGCUCAGUGAUUGAUAGGGAGAAUAGUGGUGUCACAGAUAGGAGAAGGAGGAGCAUGGUUGUCUAA